AUGAAGAUACAGUAUCACCUGUUGUUAUUCACGUUCCUCCUGUCGGAAGACGUACUUUGUCGUAAAAGCAUUUAUGAAGAUAUAAAGGAUGGCUCCGCGGAAGUGAAGCAGGGGGGUAGUGCUGGAAGCAACUAUCUAACCCACGAUGGGAAAAAGGCGUUGUGGCCGGGGGGGGGAGGCAACGACGAAAAAGGGGAAGAAAACAGGAGUAGCAACCAGCAGGGAGGACUCCUGUCUUCGGUACUCGGAUCAGUCAAACGAAUGUUCCUUUUUAAUGACAAAGGAAUUGAGAACAAUGUCCAAGGGAUCAGUGACAAAGUCGCCGAAAUGAAAGAUGGAAUGAUAACAAAUCCCUCCAGCAUAAUUAAACAUGCAAGUGAAUUAAAAGAUGAAUUAAAAAAGAACACAGCCUAUUGGGCCAACGUCGUUAAGACGACGGUCAGUGAGGAGCUGCAUCAGAUCGACAAGUUCAGUAAAGAUCAGUUGGACAAACUGAGGAAGGAUCCUGAAGAGAGUUUUUUUUUCACCAAACUGUUCCGCGGGGACAAUGGGGCGGCGGAUACUUCUUCUUCCUCCCACAAGGACAAGAGAACGGAAAAUGGGCAAGGUGCUGUUGGGUCCAAGGGACCAAGUCGACAUGACGACGCUGAGGUGGAGAAGGAAGAGAAGGCGAAAUCGUUUUGGGACUUACUGCACAUAGGGGGGGGUAAUGCAUCCCCCGCAUCGGAAGGGAAGGAACCAAGUACCGGCUUCCUUCGAAUGUUCAAAGGGGACACAAGUAAACCGAGUAACGUCGCAGAGAGGAAGGACUCCUUCUCGUGGUUCUCCACACACUCGUCUGAAAAUGGCGAUGCCAGUGGAAAGGACUCUUCCAAGGCGUCGACAGCAGAAGGAGAGACGGGGAAAGAGGUGAAGAAGAUGUCGUUCCUGUCACACUUCACCUCGGAGGCGGAGGACGCAGGGAAGUCACCAAAGGGCUCAGACACAGAGAAGAACCAGGGAUUUACCUUUAACUUGUUUAAAAGGAAGGACAGCAAUGAGGAGUCCCCUUCGAGGACCCACUCAGAGAAGGAUCACCAACGGAGCGACUCACACCCAAAUGGCAGAGGGAGCUUAUUCCAGUGGUUCAGUCCCCCCACUGAGGGAACAAACAAUAAUGACCACUCGCCGCAGAAGGAAUACUCAGGAGGAGUGACGCAGGACUCGUUUAAGGGGUCCCAACAUGACGAAGUGAAGGAGGAGAAGGAAGAAAAAAAAACCUUCUCCAUUUUCAACAUGUGGAAGGAGACACAUAAGGAGAAAGAGGGAAAGCACGAAGAUGAAGUCGAAACGGGUGUAAGAAGCAACACGAGUGAGGUGACCAAUGGGGAAAGUAGGGAAGAAAGUACCAAGGAAAGCUUCUUUUCGUUUAACCCUUUUGGAGGAUUCAAGUCUGACGGGGAAUCCUCCCACGGAGGAGUCGCAGCUCCGGGCGAAACGACCAGUGCAGAAGGAAUGGCACAGUCCGAAUUGAGCAAAAGGAACAGUCACCUGGUUGAUCUGAUGAAGAACAUAUACGAUGGAAAGAGUUCUGAAACGGGUGAAAGGGCGGAAAAAAUCUUAUCCUUUAUGAACACGAAGCAUGAGCACGAUGCGAGUACCAACUGCCACCCACUGGUGUCGUUUAAGGCCUGUCUCAACACAUGCUUCAAUGUACCUCCAGCAGUGGAAGGAGGAGGAAGCAACGAUGGGGAUAAUCACAACAAUGUGAAGGAUAUGAAGAAGAAGAAUCUCUCCGUCGGGGAUUACAGGAAAUUAGAGAAGUGUAUCUUGAAAUGUAGGAAUACAAAUUUUAGUGAGGGAGCUCCCGGGUGCGCAACGAAAGACGGCUCCGUUAUCGCAAGUGACAAAGCAAGUUACGAGGAAAAACUGAAGACCCUGGAGAGGGGUAACUUCAAUUUGGGAGAAAACUCCUCUGUGUUCUCCGAUUUGACCCUACGUGAUAAGUAUACCGAUGGGAAGCAGAGCCAAUCAGUGAACACUGCUAAGGGGCAGAUGGCAUCGGGUAACUCCACAUGGGUGAUGGGUUCAUCUGGAAAACAUCUUACUUCUUCUCACACGAAGGUGCAAAGUGGUUCUCCGAAUUUUCCCACACUGUCUGAAAAGGAUCUGGGGACUCACUUGUACGGUAUGAAUUCUAGCAAGAGCAGCAUGGGUGGAGAUAAGAAGGAACCCACUGACGGGACGAAGAACAUGAGUGCAGAUAACUCCUUCAGCUUCUUUAAAGCCUUUGCACCGAAAACGGGUUCUACAUCUGAUGGUAUGAAAACACUCGGUGCAGCCAAUCCGUUGGACGAAUCUCAUAAUGGAAAAAAGAGGGCUGCUACGGAAGGCGCAGCGGAGAAGUCAACUGCGGAAAGGGGAGUACACGGGGAGGGCCCUGAAAGCGUAAAACAUCCAAUUGGCGAUGGCAAUGGCGAUGGUGACGAGGACGAUGAUGAAUAUUUGCACGACUUCAGCUACAUAUCGAAGGGAUUCUUCAUGCUCCUCCUGCUAGCUACCUUCUUCGUAUACCUCUCCGCCUUCACAAACAUAAUCACUCAGUUUUAUGUCUCAUUCAAGGAAAAGGUGUGCCUUUAUAUAAAGGGGCAGUAUAGGUCUCGAUUCGACCAGACACAUGGAGAAUCCGCGGAGGCCUUCUUGCCCAAGGGCCGCCAGCUCUCCCAUGGUAACGCCGUCCAGGGCUCAUACGAUAACUUGUACCACGCUUUUCACGAGAAUGUCUGCCACGUGGCUUGA